AUGGGUUUUCUAUGGUGGUUGGGUAUGGGAUCAAGUCGUGAACCGCGCGAGAGUCGCCGACUAGCGCGUCUCGAGAAGCGCAUAUCGGUUCUCAGUGGUCGACUCGAGGCUUGGCGACGACGGAAAGAGCGAACGCUAGCCGCCUUCCGCCUUUACGCCUUCUUCUUUGUGUGCAUCUGGACUGCUUACGCCUUUACUUUCAAUGACUUGUUGUUUCUGGGGGCAUUUGCGAAUAGCAGGCUCAGGGCUGUUCUCGUGCUGUCGACGAGUGGUGGUGCAUACCUCUUUUUGUACAAGAUCGCUUCGCUCUGGUAUCGUUGGCGCAUCGAGUCCGCCGAGGAGAGACUUGCCAAGUAUCGGGAAGAAAAGGCCGAGCUUUUAGAACAGCUGAAAGAAAGCACCCGGUUCUACGAGACAAUAAAGCUGCUGGAGAAGUACGGUGGUGUACCGGACGCGCUUCGCCCGAUCAGCAGCGCGGAAGAGUCGAGGGCAGCGUCUCCAACGGCAACAUCUGGCACACCUGGAGCAGUGCGGGCACCUGGAGAGCAAGAAACAGCUUCCAGCUCGGGCGUUGCAUCACCUAGCGCAGGCACGAGUGGUUCUCCGAGAAGCUCUACAAUUGCCCGCUUGACCAACCGCGUCGUUGAUGUCCUAACCAAGGACGAAGAGGACUGGGAUGAGCCCCAGACUGCCCGUGAAGCGUUCCUUAUAGGACGCCUGCGCGAAAUGCGGGAAGCGCUCACACGUGAGCACAGCCAGCGUCUUCAGCUGCAACGUGCCCUCGAGAGCCUCGAACGGCAGCUGUGCGACUUACGGUCGCCGUCACAUCCAGAGCCUGCAGCAUGCCCUUCGGAUCCUUCUAAUCUGGAAAACAGGCGGAUACCAGAGAACAAUCCCGAGACUUCUGGCAGAGGUGUGAAGGCGGCAGCAGUCACCCUGUCCACGAGCAAGGCUGGUUCUCUUCAUAUGGAGGACGCGGGCGUGUCACCGAUCACUGGUCAUGGACAGCGACGUGGCGUCUUGAAUAAUUCCCCAACUGAGCCGGUGUCGCGAGCACAGCUCAACGACGAACCCAUGGAUUCAGUAUUGAGCUCCAGCGUGGAUAGGUCAGCCCUGUCGCUGCACAAAUCGAACGAGGAUGAAUCCGAAAUCUGUGCACAGCGCAGCGGGCAUCCACGGCAACCCAGCACUGAGCAGAGCGGUACUCCCAUUGGGCACGGCCCAUCGAGCGGAUCGCGGAACGAGUCGCCUCUGCAGACGAUGCAAAAGCUCCGCCGCCAGCGCCUAAACCCUUCUCGUACAGAGCGCUAA